UUUCUUCAGGGGUCUCACUCCCCCCACAAAGUACCCUUCUUUUCUUUGCGGCGGCUAUCUUACUUACUAUCACCAUCGAUUCUUCAUCUCUGCUCAUUUUCCGGCGUCUUUUGAGUUCAUUUUCUCCUUUAUCUGAUCAUGGCUGCGGCGCCUCCUCCGGCUGAUCAAGCUGCAGAGAUUUUGCAAAAGUUGAACCUGGACUCAGAUUCUAAAACAAAAGCUGCAGGCAACGAGAAGAAGUACUCAUCGGUGAAUUCUGGUAUCCUGGCAAAUGGAUUGAGCAAGCCGUUUUGCCCAGAUUUUGUGGAUCCCAGUUUUUAUCUGCCUGAUGAAUAUUCAUCUACAUACUAUUAUGGUAGUGAGUGGGAGAAUUAUAGUUACUCUAGCAACGAUGGAGUCAAGAUGCCUCUUGGUGCUUACAAUAACAAUGGUUCACUUGUGUACCCACAAGGAUACAGUUAUGCGCCUUUUUAUGAACAUUACCAAUACCCGUCUUCUUAUUAUCAAUCUUCAACACCAAGUAGUGGAGUGGAGACUGCCAAUGUAAAUUAUAGUGCAUCUAAUGCUGGAGGAAAUGGGUUAAAUAUGCCCAGGCCAGUAAGACCAAAUUACCAAAACUCAACAUGGAAAAAUUCCUCUGUAUUAUCCGAUGGCAAGUCAAAAUACAUACCGAGUUCUCAUGGCAAUACUUAUUACAAUGGAAGGAACCAAAGUCUUUAUCCUUUCUCGCACCUCACUGGAAUGCAACAGACUAGACCUGCACCUGGAAUGAACAAAUCUGGAUUCAUGGAUAGGAUGUACAAUCAAUAUGUAAACAUGUUUAUGACCAGUGCUGGAUAUGGACUAUCAAGUUACAAUCGCAAAUUGAGUGGGCGUGGAUGGAUAGGUAAUGAUGGCAGGUUUAAGGCCAGAGAGCGAGGUAAUGGCUGCUUUAAUCAUGAGAAUGCAUAUGAUGGAUUAAAUGAAUUGAAUCGAGGACCUAGAGCUAAAGGGGGAUUUAAGAACCAAGGGGAGCUUGAACAGGUUAAUUUAGCCAUGAAGGGGCAGCAUACUCAACUCAAUGGUGCCAAUAAUGAGGAAAAGUUGUCUCCUAUAUUGAAUAAGGAUCAAUAUAACAAAGAGGAUUUUCCCGAGGUUUACAAAGAUGCUAGGUUCUUCAUCAUUAAGUCUUAUAGUGAGGAUGAUGUGCACAAAAGUAUCAAAUAUGGAGUGUGGGCAAGCACACCCAAUGGAAAUAAAAAGCUUGAUGCUGCAUAUAGGGAAGCUCAAGAGGUGUCCGGAGGCUGCCCGACGUUUCUUUUGUUCUCUGUGAAUGCAAGUGGCCAGUUUGUUGGAGUUGCAGAAAUGACCAAUGCGGUUGACUUUAGCAACAGUGUUGAAUAUUGGCAACAAGACAAAUGGACAGGCUGCUUCUCUGUGAAAUGGCAUAUAGUGAAAGACAUACCAAAUAGUCUGUUGAAGCACAUUAUUCUAGCAAACAACGAGAACAAACCUGUAACUAAUAGUCGAGACACACAAGAGGUUAAAUUGGAGCAGGGGAUUGAAAUCUUAAAGAUUAUUAAGAGCCACUCGAGCAAGACUUGCAUCUUGGAUGAUUUUGGAUUUUAUGAGUCCCGUCAGAAAGUUAUACUAGAGAAGAAGGCUAAACAGCAACUGAUCAAAGAGAGGAUUGCAAUUGACAAUAAAGAGAGGAAUGAAUCAACUGCGAAGGCAUGCAUUCCAAAGUCUGUAGAUGUUGCUACGGUUUUGGUUGAAGAUAGUUCUGUUGUUUUGAACAAUGCUGUUGUAGAGACAGUUAAGGUCAACGUGGGAUGUUAAGACUAGAUCAAUUGUUGCUGAAUCUCUUGACUGAAUUGAAAGGUGGUCUGGAAUGGUUUUUUUCUUUUUCGUGUGGCA